GGUAACGAGAGGGAGAGGAGGAGUUCCAAAGAGAGAGAGGUAAAGAGCGAGAGAGGUAGAGUGAGAGAGAGGGAGGACCUAUAACUGGGCCGUCUUGUCCGACUGUGUGAAGCAGAGCAGAGUGGACUAAACCGGUACUAGUCCAGCAAUAGAGCAGAACAGGACCAGCACUAGAACAGUACUAGAGCAGCAGAGACGACUUGAGCUGUGGGAAGAUUUUCAUCCCUCAGUUGAGGACAACAUUGGACAACGUAAUUUACAUUUACAGCCGUUACUCCUGACUUACUUUUGUUUCUUCCUCCUGGUCCAUAUCUGUCUGUGGAGAGUUGAAGAGUCAUGAUGUGUUCUCACUCUGGGUCGAGGAGAUUCCUCUCAGUGCUGCUGCUGCUGUCUGGGGCUGCGGUGGUGCUGCAGGCAGAGAGGAGCUGCCCGGCCGUGUGCUCCUGCCCGUCGACACCCCCCGCCUGUCCCCCAUUGGUCAGCUGGGUUGCGGACGCAUGCGGCUGCUGCAAGGUGUGCGCCGCGCAGUUUAACCAGGAGUGCGACGACGACUGGCCCUGCGACCACAUCAAGGGCCUGCACUGCCACCUGGGGGCCCCAGGGGCCCGCGCCCUCAGGGGCCUCUGUAGAGCGGACCCCCAGGGACUCCCCUGUGAGUACAACGGGCGUAUCUACCAGCACGGCGAGGACUUUCGGCCCAGCUGCACCAACCAGUGCAGCUGCAUGAGUGGCAUGGUGUGGUGCGUGCCCUUCUGCCCCCAACUCGGCGCCGUCCCCAACUGCGCCCGUCCCCGCCUCGCCACGUCCCCUGAGGGCUGCUGCCAGGAGUGGGUGUGUGACGAUGACAACAGCAUCCCCGACGAGCAGGCGGGGCCAGCGGCACACAGCGACCCCCCGAUACUCCCUCACUUUCCCCCCAAUCACAUCAGCACCUGGUUCCUCCCUCCUCCGCCGCGGAACCACCAUCAAGCCGGUGCACAGCUCAGCUUUAAAGAGGUGCUGACUACCCCAAGGGAAGAAGUGCUGCCGGGGGCAGCAGUGGACCCCACCUGCUUCCCUGUGACCACCAACUGGACGGAGUGCUCCUCCACCUGUGGGAUGGGCGUUUCUAGCCGGGAGACCAAUGACAACCUUGUUUGCCGCCUUGUUCGCGAGACCAGGCUGUGUGAGAUCAGAAGCUGCGACGCUCAACCUCCCCCUGCCGGCAAGCGGGGGAGGAAGUGCCAGCGGACGGUGCGACCUCCGGACGCCGUCAGCCUGACCUUCGCCGGCUGCAGCACGGAGCAGCGCUACCGGCCGCGCUACUGCGGCGCGUGCUCCGCCGGCCGCUGCUGCACGCCCUCCCUGUCGCACACCGUCCGCAUGCGCUUCCGCUGCCCCGACGGGGAGACCCUCUCUCGGGACGUCAUGUGGAUCCAGCGCUGCCGCUGCCAGAGGAAGAGCUGCUCCGCCGGACCCGAGCCCUGGGGGCACCCGGUCAGCCUCCACAACGACAUCCACACCUUCCAGGUGUAAAGGCCGGCCCCGACCGCCCGGCCCGGAUGGUUGGAUGGAUGGAUGACCCCGCCCUUCUUAUCUAACCAUGGAGCGAUGUCGUGCCCCACCUCUGUCCCCAAUCCCCCCCCUUACCAGGGAGUCUGAGACCCUCCCUCAGCAGCUAAA